AUGAUUCUGCUGAGCAGUGCCUUGCCAGCAGCCCAGCACGCCGAGGCACAAGAUGUUAUCACAGAUGACGCAGCGUUCUACGGCAAAUCGCCGCCAGUAUACCCGUCGCCUAAUGCAAGCGGUGUUGGAAAUUGGAAGAGUGCAUAUGCCAAAGCCGCCAACUUUGUCGCUCAGUUAACCUUAGAGGAGAAAGCAAGUACAGUCAACUUAACAGGCGGUUAUUCUGGCGACAAUAUCUGUUCUGGCAACAUCCAUCCUGUCCCUCGAUUAGGAUUUCCAGGCCUCUGCCUGAGCGAUGGACCUAGCGGCCUAAGAUCAACAAACUUCGUGUCUAGCUGGCCAGCUGGUUUCUCAGUCGGUGCCAGCUGGAAUCGGAAUCUUGCACAGCAAAGAGGUGUUGGUAUGGCAAAAGAGUUCAAGGCGAAAGGUGUGCAAGUCGCACUUGGUCCUGUUGUUGGUCCUCUAGGCCGCAUUGCUUCUGGUGGCAGAAACUGGGAAGGCUUCAGCAACGAUCCCUACCUUGCAGGAGUAUUAGCAUAUGAGACUGUGCAGGGCAUGCAGUCUGUUGGUGUGACGGCCAGUACCAAACAUUUUAUUGGGAACGAACAGGAGACGAAUCGAAACCCUGACAGUGAAAGGAAUAUCAGUGCAGUAUCGGUAAACAUUGACGACAAGACGAUGCAUGAGCUCUAUCUCUGGCCGUUCCAGGACGCCGUGAAAGCUGGCACUGGUUCAAUCAUGUGCUCUUACCAGCGAAUCAACAACUCCUACGGAUGUGCGAAUAGCAAGACCCAGAAUGGUCUGUUGAAGACUGAAUUAGGAUUUCAGGGAUUUGUUGUCUCCGAUUGGGGUGCUCAACACGCCGGGGUAGCCUCAGCUCUUGCAGGGCUCGAUAUGGUCAUGCCCUAUGCCUCGCCAUAUUGGGGAGAUAAGCUGGCUGAGGCGGUCAACAACGGCUCGGUGCCGGAGUCCAGACUAGAUGACAUGGCUAUUCGGGUUGUGGCGACGUGGUAUCAAUUCAAUCAAGAUACCGACUUCCCGCUCACAGGUGUCGGCAUGCCAUCUAACCUUGCCGCACCUCAUCAAAAAGUCAUUGGUACCAGUCCAGAUGCGAAAGAAGUACUGCUACAAGGCGCGGUGGAAGGUCACGUCCUGCUCAAGAAUACAAAUAACGCCCUACCAUUAAAGUCUCCACAACUUAUAUCACUCUUCGGAUACUCUGCCCAAGCAUUUGCCCGAUAUUCGUGGGGAACUCCAGGGUGGAAUGGAGGUCAAGAGUCAUUAUCGCUUGAAGAAUUCGCGCUGUACCACGACGAUAAUAUACUAGGCCCUCGCUCACAGAUAGCGUCGAACGGUACGUUGCCGGCGGGUGGUGGAUCCGGUGCAACCCAGCCAGCGUAUUUGAGCUCGGCUUUCGAAGCUCUAAGCCAGCGUGCGUUUGAAGAUGAUACCCACUUGUGGUGGGAUUUUCAAUUCGACAGUAAUACAGGGGUGGAUCAAUCAUCGGACGCCUGCAUUGUUGCUGUAAAUGCAUUUGCGACCGAAGGUUGGGAUCGCUCGGGAUUACAUGAUGACUUUACAGAUGACCUCAUCCUGAAGGUUGCCAGCCAAUGUAACAACACCAUUGUGGUUUUUCACAACGCAGGUGUUCGCUUAGUCGACCAAUUUGUUGACCAUCCGAAUGUGACAGCUUUGAUAUUUGCUCAUGUACCAGGGCAGAAUUCUGGUCGUGCAUUGGUUUCAAUAUUGUAUGGCGAUGCAGUCCCAUCGGGAAAGCUCCCUUAUACCGUGCCACAUAAUGAAAGCGACUUUGGAGCUAUUGCAAAUGAGACGGUGCCAGACGGCAUAUAUGCUUACUUUCCACAAUCUGAGUUUUCCGAAGGUGUCUAUAUUGACUACCGAGCCUUUGACAGACGGAAUAUCACUCCGCGGUAUGAGUUUGGGUUUGGUUUGAGCUACACCACAUUCAACUUUUCCGCAAUUGAAUCAUCUGUGCUGCCAAGUGCUAUAACAGGUGCUUACGCUUCCGGUCCUGUGAUCGAAGGCGGCCGAGCCGACCUGUGGGACACAAUGGCAAAGGUUUCCGCCGUUGUCACGAACACGGGUUUAUUGAGAGGUGCAGAGGUAGUACAAGUCUACAUUGGGAUCCCUAAUGGACCUGUCCGACAACUGAGAGGUUUUGAUAAAGUUUCCCUAGCACCAGGUCAGUCUGCCACUGUCAACUUUAAUUUGACGCGCCGAGACCUCAGUACGUGGGAUACUAUGGCUCAGGAAUGGCUUCUUCAGAAAGGAGAGUACCGGGUUUUCGUAGGGUCGAGCAGUCAAGAUCUCCCGUUGGCAUCUACUUUGGCCAUUUGA